AUGUCAAGUCCACAAACGCAUAAUGAUAAUAAUAACGACGAAAGAAGAAGGGGGAGAAGAAGAAGAAGAAGUGAUAGUAUAGAUCUUGAGCAUGAAGCAGAAGGAGAAGGUGGCGAGAGAAUGACACAGGACAGAAAUUUGCUAUCUUCUCCGUCUCCAUCAACCAUCCCUCCAUCCUCCCCGGCUUAUAAUAGUAGAUCUUUUCCGGACGCUGGCACUAAUACCAAUUCUAACACUAGUUACGAUGGUUUGGAUUCUGCUGAUUAUCACGACUUUGAAGAUAUUCCAGAAGCAGAACGUGAAGAACAAUUUAUAGCUGAUGAUUUAGACGAUUUAGAGGAAGCAAUGGAUGGAGUUGAUUUAAUGGGCGAUGGACUGGAAGAGGAUUAUCGUGCAAGAGAGGAACAAGAUCAUUAUGAUGUAGAAGAUGAAAAUAUUGACGAUACACAUCAAAGAGAAUUGGAUAUUUCCUCUAGAAGAAGAGUUGAUGCCCAAUUGAAUGCUAGAGAUCGUUUAUUAAAUGCCAGACAAGAUGUGUAUCUUGAAGAAGGUGACCAAGACGGUACAGCAACUGCAAGAUUAGAUCAGUAUGGGUUGCCAGUUCAAAGGCGUAGACGGAGGCGUCAAUAUGAAGAAGACUCAGCAGCAGCUACCCGUGGAUCGUACGAAGAUGAAGAUCUGUUUUCCGAUGAAGAUGUCAAUCCAUUGAAUGAAGAGUUUACGUUGGAAAGUUUGUCGGAAGUCAGAGCUCCGAGUUACAGUGAAUGGAUCACACAGCCGAAUGUGGCACGUACUAUAGCGCGUGAGUUAAAAUCCUUCUUGUUGGAAUAUACCGAUGCAUAUGGCAAAUCUGUUUAUGGUGCUAGGAUAAGGGCACUGGGUGAAUGGAAUAGUGAAUCAUUAGAAGUUAAUUAUAGACAUUUGGCCGAAUCUAAGGCCAUCUUGGCUAUUUUCUUGGCCAAAUGUCCUGAAGAAAUGCUAAAAAUAUUUGAUGUUGUUGCUAUGGAGGCCACCAAGCUACAUUAUCCUCAUUAUGGUCGUAUUCACUCUGAGAUACAUGUUCGGAUCUCCGAUUUCCCGACGAUUAAUAAUAUACGUGAAUUGCGUGAAACGCAUUUGAAUACCUUGAUUAGAAUAACGGGUGUUGUUACAAGAAGAUCAGGUGUCUUCCCGCAAUUAAAAUAUGUUAAAUUCAACUGUUUAAAAUGUGGUGCCUUGUUGGGCCCUUAUUUUCAGGACUCCAAUGAAGAAGUGAAAAUUUCAUACUGUACCAAUUGUAGGAGCAAAGGUCCGUUUAGGACCAAUAUGGAAAAAACGGUUUAUAGAAAUUACCAGAGAUUAACAUUGCAAGAAGCACCAGGUACUGUUCCGGCGGGUAGAUUGCCACGUCAUAGAGAAGUUAUUUUACUAUGGGAUUUAGUUGAUAUUGCCAAACCGGGUGAGGAAAUUGAAGUGACUGGUAUUUAUAAAAACACAUAUGAUGGUAACUUAAACGCUAGAAAUGGGUUCCCAGUUUUUGCUACAGUUAUUGAAGCAAAUGCAAUCAAGAGAAGAGAGGGUGGGUCGUUGGUUGGUGACAGUGUUGAUGAUGGUGCUGGGUAUGAGGGUUUAGAUGCCUUCAAUUGGACCGAGGAAGAGGAAAGAGAAUUUAGAAAAUUAUCCAGAGAACGUGGUAUUAUUGAUAAGAUUAUCGGAUCAGUUGCACCUUCUAUUUAUGGUCACAGGGACAUCAAAACAGCAAUUGCAUGUUCUUUAUUUGGCGGUGUUUCCAAAUUGGUUAAUGGCAAACAUUCUAUCAGGGGUGACAUCAAUGUUUUACUUUUGGGAGAUCCCGGUACGGCGAAGUCCCAAAUCUUAAAAUACGUUGAAAAAACUGCACACAGAGCUGUUUUUGCCACUGGACAAGGUGCAUCCGCGGUUGGUUUAACGGCAAGCGUUAGAAAAGACCCAAUUACUAAAGAGUGGACUUUAGAAGGCGGAGCUUUGGUUUUAGCCGAUAAAGGUGUGUGUCUAAUUGAUGAAUUUGAUAAGAUGACCGAUCAAGAUCGUACUUCUAUCCAUGAAGCUAUGGAACAACAAAGUAUUUCCAUUUCAAAAGCAGGUAUUGUUACCAGUUUGCAGGCAAGAUGCUCCAUAAUUGCAGCUGCUAACCCUAUUGGUGGUCGUUACAAUUCGACACUGCCAUUAUCUCAAAAUGUCAAUUUGACUGAACCUAUUUUAUCAAGGUUUGAUAUCUUGUGUGUAGUUAGGGAUUUGGUAGAUGAGGAGGCUGAUGAAAGAUUGGCAUCAUUCGUUGUUGAUUCCCAUAUCAGAUCACAUCCAGACAGUGAUGUUACCGAUAUAAAUGGCAGUACUGAACAGCAAGAAGAAGGAGAUGUGGAUAUGACGCAAGAAACCCGUUCUGCUAGACAGAAACGGUUGCAGAAACAGAAGGAAAACGAAAUUUCGCCGAUUCCACAGGAUGUCUUAAUGAAGUAUAUUCAUUACUCCAGAACUAAAAUACAGCCUAAAUUAAUACAAAUGGAUGUGGAUAAAGUUAGCAAAGUAUAUGCCGAUUUGAGAAGAGAGAGUAUUACCACUGGCUCGUUCCCAAUUACUGUUCGUCAUCUAGAAUCUAUAUUAAGAAUUGCUGAAUCUUUUGCAAAGAUGAGAUUGUCUGAAUUUGUUUCCUCAUAUGAUCUAGACAGGGCGAUUAAAGUCACCGUUGAUAGUUUUGUAGGCACCCAAAAGAUCAGUAUUCGUCGUAAAUUACAAAAAAGUUUUGCUAUUUAUACCAUGGGUUAUGGCACUAGAGACUGA